GGCCACGAUAAGGCAGCCCUGGGAGCCGAGCCUGCCGACCUGCCCACCUGCCCCGCCGCCCAGCUGUCCCCACAGGGACCAGGCCCAGCGCUGUCUCAGCCUCACGGCCUCACGGCCGGCGGCAGCCAGAAGCCCAGGGCCACGGAGCAGUGGGGCGGGCAGACAGACCCACCUGUGACCUGGCCGGUUCUGGGGCUUCGGACAUGGACACAUUUGGGGGGACACCAUCCAGCCCUGCAAGAAGCAAGUGAAGACACCCUAAGCAGAGACGCCCUUGACCCACACAAGACCCUGGAGGGUGGCGAGGCCACGUGGCUGGACGGUGGACACCACAUGAGAGGCUGUGGUUUGCCAGGGCCUGCCUUCCAUCCUCUACCGGGGUGCCGCUUCCUGCCAGUCUUUUUACCUGACCAGGGCACCAGGCCCCAUGGUCACCGCAGAGACAGGAGCCAGCCACAAGCAGAGGCCCAAGUCCAGGACCCUGGGAGGCACCACUCCCUGAGGCUAGGACCGAGGACUGCCCAAAGGUCCCACAGAGGGGUGGGGGUGGUGUCUUCCCAGAGCUGCCCCCGCCCUUGUGCUCCCACACCUGCAGCCCGCAGCCGCACCCGCUUCAUCUAUCAUCGGGGACCACCCACUAGGACCCACGUCAGCAGGAAGAGGGGCAAGUGGUCCAGGAUUGCAGGGGUCCGGCGGAGCCACACCCGGGUGCCAGGCUGGGCCCACAAAAGACCGAUGGGGAGCAGCCAAGAGGAGCAGCCCCUGCACCUGCCAAGCCAGUCGGGCCAAGACGCAGACCUCCUGGACGCUGCUGACACCGCCAGGCCUCAGGCCUCUCUCCUGGAGAGGCACCUGCCAGAGGGGGAGAGGCAGCUGCACGGCAGUGGGCAAGGGCCCUACUUCUACAUCGGAGGCACCAACGGGGCCUCCAUAAUCAGCUCCUACUGCAAGGGCAAGGGCUGGCAGCGCAUUGAGGACAGCCGGCGGGAGGACUACAAGCUGAAGUGGUGCGAGGUCAAGUGCAGAGACAGCUACUACAGCUUCCGGGAAGGCGAACAGCUGCUCUACCAGCUCCCCAACAACAAGCUCCUCACCACCAAGAUUGGGCUGCUCAGUGCCCUGAGGGAGUACUCGAGGGUCGUGAGCAGGACCCACAAGACAUCACCGUGUGCCCAGGCCAAAUCCAGAAAGGACACCACCUCCGCCCUUGAGGAGCUCACGUGGACCAGCCCAGGAUGCUUUGGGCCACAGAGAGUCCUGAAAAUGGAAGAAUUUUUCCCAGAGACCUACCGUCUGGACAUCAGGGACGAGAGAGAGGCUUUCUUCACUCUCUUUGAUGAAAAUCAGACCUGGAUCUGCAAGCCCACGGCCUCCAACCAGGGCAAAGGCAUCUUCCUGCUCAGGAACCAGGAGGAAGUCGCCGCCCUGCAAGUCAAGACCCAGAGCAUCGAGGACGACCCCAUCUACCGCAAGAUGCCGUUCCGGGCGCCUCAGGCGCGGGUCGUGCAGAGGUACAUCCAGAACCCACUGCUACUGGAUGGGAAGAAGUUUGACGUGCGUUCCUACCUGCUCAUCGCCUGUGCCAUGCCGUACAUGGUCUUCUUUGGUCACGGCUAUGCCCGCCUCACUCUCAGCCUUUAUGACCCCCAUUCCAGCGACCUCAGUGGCCACUUGACCAACCAGUUCAUGCAGAAGAAGAGCCCCCUGUACAUGCUGCUCAAGGAGGACACGGUAUGGAGCAUGGACCACCUCAACCGCUACAUCAACGACAAAUUCCGGAAGACCAAGGGACUCCCUAGGGACUGGGUCUUUACUACCUUUACGAAGCGGAUGCAGCAGAUCAUGGCUCACUGCUUCCAGGCUGUCAAGUCCAAGCUGCAAUGCAAGCUGGGCUACUUCGACCUCAUUGGCUGUGACUUCUUGAUCGACGAAAACUUCAAGGUGUGGCUGCUGGAGAUGAACUCCAACCCCGCCCUGCACACCAACUGUGAAGUCCUGAAGGAGGUGAUCCCGGGCGUGGUCACGGAAACCCUGGACCUGGCGCUCGAGACCUUCCAGAAGAGCCUGCGCGGCCAGAAGAUGCUGCCUCUGCUGUCCCAGCGCCACUUCGUGCUCCUGCACGACGGCGAGACCGACCUCUGGCCGCGCCCCGGGAGCUCCCGGGGCGCCCUGCGCCCCCCGCCCCCGCUUCGCGCCGCUCCGCGGCCAGGCGCGCGCACGCCCGCACCACCCCGGGGGCCCGGCGGCGCGCACGCGCGGCCCCGACCCCCGGGCCGCGGCCCCGACGGCGGCACCCAGAGCCGGGAGCCCCGGGCCGAGCGGCCGCGAGAAGGAGCAGGGGGCCCGGCGCGGGAGCCGUCCCCGGGGCUGGCGGAGGAAGAGCGCAAGAGCGCGGGCCAUCGCGGCUCCUAGCGGGCGGGCCAGCGGCGCCCUCUGGGACCUAUAAAGGCUACUUUGUUACCAACGGCCCGUGCUGCGGGUCAGGUGGCCCCAGGCCUCCCCGACGCUC